ACAGCGACAAUAAACAUGUCAGAGGAACAUUUUCAGUGAAUGACCGUAGUAUAAUAUGGUCGCACAGUUUAAGGAGAAUGUUUCAAAGCCCUCAUGCCAUGCCGGUUCAAUACUUGGUACCCAAAUGCUUUCCACUUUGCACUUGCACCGACGUGGUCUCCACUCAGAUCCCUCGUCCCCUGUUUCCCUCAUCUUCUGAAGCUCACCAGACCACCAAUCGCCACAGACCCACCAAGCGAGUCCGCAAAUCCAGAGUCUCCACUCCCUCCUUCCGAAAACCAGCUCCCACCCCUCUCUUGUCCAAUCGCAAUCCCCGCCCUCGGACCAAACUCCAAGCGCUCGAUCAAGUGGUCGACGACCUCGAAGCCUCGAGAGCCAACGGCGUCACCAUCGACGUCGGAAUCUUCGCUGCCGUCCUUGAAGCUUGCUACGAGUUACGAGCCUUCGAUCAGGGCGUUCGCGUUCACCGCUUGAUACCCACCAAUCUGUUGAGGAGGAAUGUUGGGUUGUCGUCGAAGCUCCUGCGGUUGUACGCCGCGAGCGGCCGCGCCAGCGAUGCCCACGAGGUGUUCGACCAAAUGUCUAAGCGGGACGCGUCGGCCUUCGCUUGGAACUCGCUCAUCUCCGGGUACGCCGAGCUGGGUCAGUACGAGGACGCCCUCGCGCUUUACUUUCAAAUGGAGGAAGACGGUGUGGAGCCUGACCGUUAUACUUUCCCCCGUGUUCUGAAGGCUUGUGCUGGAAUUGGGUCUAUUCGGAUUGGCGAGGCAGUGCACAGGCACGCGCUUCGUACCGGUUUUGUAUACGAUUGCUUUGUGCUCAACUCACUCGUCGACAUGUAUGCAAAGUGCGGCGACAUUGUUCAGGCUCGCAAGGUGUUCGACAAAAUGCCGAGUCGGGAUUUGGUUUCUUGGAAUACAAUGUUGACGGGUUACAUACAUCACGGCCUUUUGGUGGAGGCGGUGGAUUUAUUUCAUAGGAUGCUCCAGGAUGGAUUUCGGCCGGAUUCAGUGGCAAUAUCCACCAUUCUAACUGGUAUUCCGUCAUUGAAGCUGGGGCGCCAAGUGCAUGGUUGGGUUUUUCGGCUAGGAUUCGAGUGGACUUUGUCCAUUGCCAACUCUCUGAUUGUUGUCUAUUCUAAUCACGGGAUGUUAGAUAAAGCGCGUUGGAUUUUUGACAAUAUGGCUGAACGGGACGUUGUGUCGUGGAAUGCUAUUAUAUCUGCCCACUCCAAACUCCCUCAUGCUGUGUCAUAUUAUGAGCAAAUGGAAAAGGCUGAUGUCUUGCCAGAUUGCAUUACAUUUGUCUCGUUGCUAUCCACGCUUGCUCACUUAGGUCUUGUUGAAGAUGGUGAAAGGCGGUUCUCAAGAAUGAGAGAGAAAUAUGGGAUUGAACCCAGCAUGGAGCACUAUGCUUGUAUGGUUAAUCUGUAUGGAAGGAGAGGGAUGAUUGAUGAGGCUUAUGCGAUGAUUGUAAAAAGAAUGGAGUUUGAGGCUGGCCCAACUGUAUGGGGAGCUCUGCUACAUGCUUGCUAUGUUCAUGGCAAUGUCGAAAUAGGAGAAGUUGCUGCCGAAAAGCUCUUUGAACUGGAGCCAGAUAGUGAACACAAUUACGUGCUUCUAAUUAGGAUUUAUGAGAAAGCGGGAAGAUUGGAUGACGUGGAGAAGAUGAGAGUGAUGUUGGUGGAGCGGGGACUAGAAUUAGAGACUUGCUAGGCUGCACAAAAGGGGAAGGGGGUAGAAUUGAUUUCCUUUGUAAAAUCCUGAAAUUUUAUGUGUACAUAUAAAAAAGAGCAGGCAAUUCUUGAUCUUGAGCCUUCUGUGAUCUUCCUCGUUUGGAUAGAUUGUGAGAAGUCAAGAGAUAAUUACCUUGAGUUUCACUUGCCAAAGCCGAUUGUUGGAGAUGGUUAUGUGGCUCGGACUACAUCGGGUCAGUAAAAGAAGCGGGGAAGUGGGCUUUGUUUGGGAUGGAGCAACAGCAACGGAUUCAAUUGGGAGGAGGCAGAUCAGGUUCAUUGACUAGCAAAUUUUCAUGCUAAAUCGAUGGGGUCCGUACGGUACUCACCAUUUGAGUGAACCUCUCUCCAUGAUCACAGGUCAGAGUACAUCUCGUCUUGAUACAUUAAGGAUUGCCAUUGAAUGACAUAUAGCUAUAUUGGAUUGAUGCUCAAGCCGUAAACAGGUAGGAUUGUCGGACAUGGGCUUCUGAACCCACAACGCCAGUCUAAUGGCUAAGCUUUGGCAUAACCCACAUUGCCCACAAUCACACUGCUUAUGCAUAUAUUGAAACCAGCCCUCCUGAGUCAUUACCUUACAGAUCAAACAUCGUUUAGAGCAGUGCAUCCCCUCUACAGCAGCUAAAUUAUGUGAAAUCUCAAUUAUUUUGGUA